CAGCUGUGUAGCUGACACCGAGUCAGCGCUGCAUCUUUGAAAAGAAAGAAAAAAAAAGAAUAAGCAACAGAAAAGAAAGAAAAAAAACACUAGCAGCGCAGUCAUAACUGUGGGAUGAUAAGGACUACCUCUUUUUACUUUUGGAGAGAGCAAAGCUGUUAGGAGAGCAUUCAGCUUCAGCCGUUCAACGCUGGACUCUCAUUGCUGGAAGUCGACGCUGAAUCAGUCACAUGACAGAACUGGAGGCAGAAAGCUAGAGAAAAGGCACAGCAUUUCGGCUCGCACCGCCAUACUGUAUUUUGAGCCAUUUCACAUUUUUAUUGCAACAUUUUACUCCCACUCGGUGAGUACAUUUCCAAUGGCUUUUUUGUAAGCAUUUUUUGUCUUUUUAAUUGCCCUCCCUUUUUUAUUUUUCCUCCUUUUGCUGGUGUUUGAAUUGAGCAUUGACAUGGUGGUUUUCAGCGUUUUUCCACAUCCAGGCUUCAAGUUUUUAGCAUGCAGUUAUUCUGAUCGAGAGUGCCAAGAGGGUUUCUUAUCGGUCUUGAGAAAGCUUUUACUUGCUUGCAGUUUUGUUUCGAGGAUGAGGAGCCAAGCAGGUUUUGUUUGUACUGAGAUUUUUCAAACAUUUAUUUGUGGGUUUUGAAACAUUUUUAUUUUUUUGUUUCUGUCGACUUUUGCUGUUGCUAUGCUUUGGUUUGCAUUUUGCAGUGUUGCUUGUUGCCCUCGAGUUUUGUGAUUUUGACGUCUCGGUGAAUCUUACCGAUCAAACCCUUUCGUUUUACUUUGUUCCGUUUUUUUCUUUGUGAAAGGGAUUCAUUUUUAAAGCCCAAUGACAUUUUAACGUGUCACUUUUCUUGCAGCAGAGCUCACAGGUUUGUGGUUCUUUGUGUUUCCUUCUUUUUCCGAUUUCGUUAUACUUUUGCUGGUGGCAGUGUCAAGUAAUUUUUUGGAUGUUAUCUUUUUUUUCUUUCUUUCUUUUUCUUUUUUACUAAAUGAUUCUGGGUGGACGAGGGAAGUUUUGAUUCUUGGGAGAGUUCAAUGCGAUUUUGUUUUCUGAGUCAACGAGGAUGAACAGACAUUUUCCCUCUUGCAGGAGGGCAACUGGAGGAGAAUGACUGGUAAAACCCAGACCAGCAACGUGACCAAUAAGAACGACCCGCGUUCCCUCAACUCCAGAGUCUUCAUUGGUAACCUCAACACAGCCAUCGUCAAGAAGAGUGACAUAGAGGUCAUCUUUGCCAAGUACGGCAAGAUAGUGGGUUGCUCCGUGCAUAAGGGUUAUGCCUUUGUACAGUACAUCAAUGAGAGAAACGCUAGAGCAGCUGUGGCAGGAGAAAACGCUCGUAUCAUCGCUGGACAACCUCUUGACAUAAACAUGGCGGGCGAGCCCAAGCCAUACCGGCCUAAACCAGGCUCCAAACGACCGCUCUCGGCCGUUUACAGCGGUUAUGAAUUUGAUUAUGAGUACUACAGGGAUGAUUUCUACAGCAGGCUUUUUGACUACCACGGCAGAGUGGCCCCACCACCCAGAGCUGUGAUCCCUCUGAAACGCUCCAGGGUCCUUGCUCCUUCCUCCCGCCGUGGAAAGACUUCCUUCCCCAUCAAAACAUCCUCCUCUUCCUCCUCUUCAUCCUCCAGACCUCCCACAUCAUCCUCCUCCUCUGGCGUCAAACUGAAGACGGACCAGCUCCAGACUAUCAAACGAGAGCUCACUCAGAUCAAGAUCAAGAUCGACUCUUUGCUUGGACGUCUGGAGAAGAUCGAGAAGCAGCAGAGAGUUGAAUCCGAGGCUCAAAGAAAAUAUGAGGACAACUGCGACUCCCUGCAUGAGGAGUCUGUGUCAGAGACAGCAGAAAACUCUGGGGAGGAAGCCGGUGAGGGGGCGCUGGACGUGGAGGCGGGAGAGAUGACCGAUGGAGGCGAGGACGACUACGAUGAGGAGGGCAGCCACCAUCUGAUAGAGAACCAUGUAUCGGAUAUUGACAACUGAGAUCAGGGGGAGGAAUCAAACACUCCUGACCAGUGGUAUUAAAAUUCAUCAAUCACAUUCAAGAGCCAGAACGGAUCUGCAAGGGAUCAAGAUACCCAUUCAAGACUGUAAGUUGUGAGAUGCAGAGUCAUGUUUUGAUGCCAAACUCUGCUGCACAAACCAAAUGUAAUGUGCUCUCAAAAUGUUAAUGCAUUGGCCUAAGUUUACUUCAAGUGCAAGAAUCCAACUGUCUCCAUUAAUCCUCUCACUGAAGAAUAUACAACUGAUGGGAAAGGGAAAAGGGUCUUAUGGGAUUUAUAAAUGAAGUUAUGUUGAAAGAUUGUUACUGCUUUGAUGACAUGUGCUUGCACUGUAAUAUUAAUGAUUUUUUGUUUCGUUUUUUUUGCUCAAAAAUCAAACGAAUAAAUUUCAGUAAGAACAAUC